GUUAAAAAGAGGAAAAAGAAUCCCUUAAAACUUUGGGUUAAACUAAAAAACAUGCCUUAAAUUUGAACCUACGACUGCAAGCAACUCUUUUUGAAUUGGCAUUGCAAUUUGCAGUGGUUAGAAAAAAAGGCAGAGAAUUACAGUUGAUGAAUUGAAUUGAAGGAGUACAAAAAUGGUGUUUAGGACGGCAAUUAGGUUAAUGACAGCCAAGAAACCAAAGCCAAAAAUGAAGCCAAUUGAGCUCAAAUCACAACAACCGGAGCAAACUCAGACUAUUACUCGCACCAUCUUCGACAUUCUGAAGGAGCAUGGACCUCUCACCAUCGCUCAAACUUGGGAAAGACUUCAGGAAGUUGGUUUGAAGGAACUGACAAGCAAAUCACAGAUGAAAACAGUUAUGAGAUGGAUGAGACAGAGGCAGAAACUUAAAUUGUUCUGUAACCAUGUUGGACCUCAUAAGCAAUUUUUGUAUUCCACGUGGUUCACAAAGGAAAACAUCAAGCCAGCUAAACCCAGAAGUCAUGCUUCAAAUGAUUAAGAUAGGAAGUGUGAAGUGUCAAAAGUGUUUUGCAGUUCUUGAACUUGAUUAGUUACUGGAAAACGACUCGUGGCAAGCCAGCUUUAGUGCUUGUUCUAUGGAAGUGAGCUUAAGCUGAUCAUGGCUUUGGAAGAAGUACUUGUGAUGUUUCUAGAAAGUAAGCUUGGUUUUCUUGUGAUAUGCGGUUCGUGUGAUGAGGUCUUGCUCGCGAGAGUUUGUGAAUAUAUUUAGCAACUUUGCUGGAAGUUUUGUUGUCAUAUUUGGCACUAUGAAGCCAAUGCUUAGUUGUAUCAGGAUACCGUUCUUUUCACAUGAAAUGUAGUUAUAUAAUGUUGUUUUAGUUAUGAAUUGAACAGGGGUGACCUUAUCAUAACUUCUGUAAUUGAAAUUUCCAUGAUUUCAUUUUUCCUUGGAACCUUUCUUUCAAGGUGGAAGUACAA